CACCAGCCUUUACAUCUCUUUCCCAUUACCCCGUCCACCCACCCAGUCACGAGCCAGAUGGCACUACUGGCCAAUCAAAUUAUGGACGCCAGACUCCUCAACAGCAUGAACGGCAGAGUGGAGCUGUCCCACUUCCUGAGGGUGACCAAUCAGAGCGUCCCACCGCAGGCCGCCUCGCCGCCGGACGACAACCACAAAAACCGGAAGUACCCCUGCCCCCUGUGUGGAAAGCGCUUCCGGUUCAACAGCAUUCUGUCGCUGCACAUGAGAACGCACACGGGGGAAAAGCCGUUUAAGUGUCCCUACUGUGACCACCGGGCGGCGCAGAAGGGCAACCUCAAGAUCCACCUCCGCACCCACAAGCAAGGCAUCCUGGGUAAAGGUCGAGGGAGGAUACGGGAGGAGAACCGGCUGCUGCAUGAGCUGGAGGAGCGGGCCAUACUGCGGGAUCGGCAAAUGAAGACGAGCCACGUUCCGAUGAAUGCUAACGCUAAUGCUAACCAACAGCAAGCCUCGCCGUUGGCUCCGACAGUGAUCAACACGCCGCAGUUUAUGUCCGAGACGACUUCGCGUACCUCGACAUCGCCGGUCGCUUCCAUUCAAGAUGAACCGCCAGCUGGAAUACCGCCCGGAAUACCGCCCGGAUUCCGCUGUUCUUUCUGCAAAGGCAAAUUCCGGAAGCAACAAGAGCUGGAUCGCCACAUCCGUAUCCUCCACAAACCGUACAAAUGCACCUUGUGUGACUUCGCCGCGUCACAAGAAGAAGAACUCAUCGGCCACGUUGAAACGGCGCAUAUAACCGCGGACCAGGGCUCCAAAGCGGCGCCGACCGGGUCAAACGACAAGGCUAAAUCCACCGGCGAAUUCCCGUGCGAGGUGUGCGGACAAACCUUUAGCCAGGCCUGGUUUCUUAAAGGCCACAUGAGGAAACACAAAGAUUCAUUUGAACACUGCUGCCAGAUCUGCGGCCGACGGUUUAAAGAGCCCUGGUUUCUCAAGAACCACAUGAAAGUCCAUCUCAACAAGCUAGCAGCUAAGAGCAAUCUGGCUGAACAACACGAUUCUCUUAGCAUGCUAACUCAGGAGCAUCGAGGGAACAUCUACUCUCAGUACAUGGCCAGAAUUCACGACAGGUUUAUAUCGGAUCGGGAGCAGAGCGAUUAUAACAACAUGAUCGGCGUGGACGUCAAAGUCAGGGAGAUGCUACAGCGGAUGGUGACUCAAACGGCGCCAAUGACUGACUUUGAAAGCUUAAACCGUUUACACUCUUCCCUGAGCAUGGAAUACCUGCAAAAGGUCGUAUCUAACAAUAGUAGCGGCGGCGGUGGUGGCGGCGGCGGUGGUGGCGGCGGCUAUCCAGGGUGGCAGAUUAUGACCCCAGCGAUGCCGCCCGAUCAGCAAAUGUUCAAAAGCCAGCAGGGCGCCACCUACCUGUCUGGAGAAGAUGUCGAUCCAGAGGCGAAGGCGAUGAGCAGACCCAACAGCGCGGAGGACGUCGGUCAUCAGGGAGCGUCGGAGAUCAUCGCCGAAGCGGGGAACUCUCACUCCAGCAGCAGCUUGGAGCACACGCCGCAGUCCACCUCACCAGCUACAGGGGAUAAAAUCUACAGAUGCCCUCCCGCCUCUGACUUUGUCCCCAUGGGGUUCCACCUGGACCGAUACCCGUUCUCCACGUGGCAGAGCACCCCCGACCUCCGCACGAGUCCCUCCAAACUCCGACCCAGCUCCAGAGACGACUUCACCGCGGCCACGAGCCUCUUCGUCGGGCCGGACGGCGACGGCGCCUCCACGACGAGCAAACACCCGGAGUCGUCCAUCUCGUCUCGGAUCAAGAAGUCCCAGUACGAGCCUCUGGACCUGUCCACCAGACCGGACUCCCUCGUGCAGAUGUCCGGCUUCUUCACCAACGGACUCACCUCCGGGGCGGCUCGCGGGCUGCAAACCUUCGACGCCGCCUUCGAGUGCGACCUCAAAACCGCAGACGUCCUCGAUCAGUCCGGGCGUGACGGCGACGCGGAGAAACCCGAGAGCGAAAACGGUGAUUCUGCAAAAUGGAGGAAAAAUAACUUUAUGGAAGACGUGGGCGGUUUUCACAGUGAGAAACCGGAGCCGGUGGCGGGACAGUGGGGCGGAGGGGUCAGCGAGUCUCCCAUCGCCUCCCUGGAGAGUCUGAACCCGGGACAAGCGCUUUCCCUGCAGCAUCAGAUGGGGCUUCUGUCCUUCCUGAGGUCCCAGGCCAGUCUGACCCCGGCGUCCACGUCUGUAGUGAACGGCGGCGGAGCAAACGAGGCAGCAGCAGCCCGGAAGCCGUUCCAGUGCCGCUACUGCCCCUACAGCGCGUCCCAGAAGGGCAACCUGAAGACCCACGUCCUGUGCGUCCACCGCAAACCCUUCGACAACAGCCUGUACCCGGACCGCCGCCUCCGCCGCUCCCACGCCCCGCACCACCGCCCCCUCUCCAAACCCGCCCCCCCGCCGGGCGUCGACGACACCCGAGCGCCGGCGGGGCGGGACCACGUCGCCGUGUCGUCGCUCUGCGGGACUUGA